AUUUGUUGACCAUUACUUCGUCGGGGCCAGUGGCCAGCGGCUGGCUGUGCGUGGAACACGAUGGCACCGCACUGUCGCGCUCUCACCGAAUUGUCCCGCUGUUUGAAGUCUAGAUAUGUCGUCACCAUCUGCCUUUUCGGAUGUUUCUUGGUUUACACGGGUCACAAGCUAGACGUAAUAACUGUCGUCGUACGAAAUGAAUCCGCAGGCCUACUGACCAGAGAAGUUCUGUCCUCGCUGAAUGCCUCACUAUCGACAGCUAAAGCAAAGCAUCAGAGUUUGCAAGCAUGCGUCCGCUCAGGAGGAACACUGGAGAAUCAGCCAUGCUGCGAGCACGGACAGUUUGCUCUGCAAGGAAUGCACGUCUGUCGAAAAUGGCUCAAUUGCCAGGAGUUAAGUGAACUUGAAGUGGAAAAAUUUGGACAACCCAGGCGCGGUUACAAGAAAAUAUAUCUCACUACUUUUAAGGAGCAUAAGAUAGUGCUGAUGCAACUUCCUGUAGACGAAAACAAGGUAACAUUUAAACAAGCACUGGCAAACUACCAGUGGCUGCAACCAAACCCGCUUGUAGUGCAGCUGAUUGGCGUCUGUGAGAUAACGCAGGAGUUUGCUGUGGAAUACUAUGAGCUAGGUGACGCCCGAAAUGCAGAACAACACAUUCAGUCCUUAAGUCAGGAGCAAGCAGACGAGCGGCAGCUGCUGCUGUGUAUGGACUACGCAGCGAUCAAUCUUAUGCUGCAUGAGAAGGGGCGAUGUAAUCCUGAUCAGAACACGUUGGUGAAGACUCUUUCUCAAUACCUCCUCUCUGACGACAUGCGCCUGCUUCUCAGUGACAUGGACAUCUUAAGUGAGAUCGGAGUCGAACCAACAUUGCUGAACAAUACUCAUGACGCUCAUCUUAUUGCACCCGAACACGACGUUGUCGCCUCACUGAGUUGUAAGUCAUCCACUAACAGUAGCUGCGUGAAGGCGCUUGCUGCGAGACAGGUAAAGUUGGAUGUCUGGAAGAUACCGGCGGUGUGUGAUCGCAUGUUGCCGAGAAACUCCAACCUGAUGCGACGUCUCGCAGAUAUCCACGCGAAAUGCAAAAUAGUAGACCCAAUACAGCGUAUGAGUAUGGAGGAUGUGCUGCUAGGCUAUUCACGUGUGUUUAUAAGCAUGUAUGGUGAACAGCAAUUUCUACAAAAAACACAACGAUACAAGGGCAUAUUAGCAUAUGACCGAAUCGAAAUAGAAAUUAACACACACCACCGUAUAGUAGACGAUAUCAGGAGUGUAUAGAAAACAAAAUUGUUUUAAUUUUCUUAUUCACAAUCACCUAUUCCCGAACUUGUUUUUAUUCACCCCUGAAAAUAUUUAAUGUUAUGAGAAAAUAAUGUAAACAAUUAUUAUUUUACUAAUUCAUACAAAGAUUUAUUUACUCAAUCAAUAUAUUUUUUACACAACUGUAAAAUGCUGAAAAAAUAUAAUAAUGAUAUAUUA